GAGAGACACACACAAUGACCAGGGAAUCAGUCAGGGAACUCGAGACUCAAGAGAGAGCCAGACGGAGACAGAGAGAGGUCGGGUGUACCUAGCCAGCCAGCCAACCUAAUCCAUCCAUCCAUCCACGAGGAUCACAGAGAGAUGAGAGAGGGGUGAGGGUGGGGGAGCGUGGAAGAAUCCGCUUUUGGCCGCGCAUAUGCGUGCGCCUUCUUCCGCUUCCGGCUGACAAACCCACCCAGCACCCAGCCAGCCAGGGAGAUCGAUCGUACCACGACCGCGACCACGACACACGACAAAUCUUCCCUCACCCUCCUCGUCGGCGCCGUCCUCUCCCCCCCGCUGCGGGGGGUGGUAGGCUCGGCCGGCUGCAGUUGCGGUUAUAUCUAUUCCAGUCCACGCACGGGUCGCCGCCCGCCUUCCCUUGCCUUGCCUUGCCUUGCUGGGGAGGAGGAGGGGGGGAUGGGGAACCGGGUGGGGGGGAGGCGGCGGCGGCCGCCGGUGGACGAGCGCUACACGCAGCCGCAGGGGCUCUACCCGCACCCGGACAUCGACCUCAAGAAGCUGCGCCGGCUCAUCCUCGAGGCCAAGCUCGCGCCCUGCCACCCGGGGGCCGACGACCCCAGGCCAGACCUCGACGAGUGCCCAAUCUGCUUCCUGUUCUACCCGAGCCUCAACCGGUCAAAGUGCUGCGCCAAGGGGAUUUGCACCGAGUGCUUCCUCCAGAUGAAGUCGCCCACAUCCUGCCGGCCGACACAGUGUCCGUACUGCAAGAUGCUGAAUUACGCCGUGGAGUACCGCGGCGUCAAGACGAAAGAGGAGAAGGGCGUCGAGCAGAUUGAGGAGCAGAGGGUGAUCGAGGCGCAGAUCAGGAUGCGGCAUCAGGAACUCCAGGACGACGCCGAGCGGCUCAAGAAUAAGCAGGUUGCUGCUUCGACCGAUGAAGUAACAACCGCACGAGUUGAACCCUGCGAUACCGGUGGCACAUCCACCCCAGCCGCAAGCGGUGCCCAAGGCAAUGAUGUGCCCUCAUGCCAAGUACAGCAUUCAGAGCUGCUAUUGAAGAAUGCCGAACGGUUAAGGCAGUUGCGGGAUAAUAAUUUCGAUAUGGAUCUUGAAGAAGUUAUGCUUAUGGAAGCGAUUUGGCUUUCUGUGCAAGAUCAGGAAGCCUUAGGAAAUCCAGGGAGCAUAGGUGCCGUGCCACCAACACUUCCUCUAAGAUGCUACGAUGCAUCUGGGGCUACUUCAGCCGAAGCAGCCCCUCCCGGCGGAUUCGCCUGCGCGGUCGCGGCUCUAGCGGAGCAACAACACAUGCUUGGAGACCCUUCCAGCGCAGCCACCUGCCAAACAUCAAGACACGACAUUCUCAGCAGGUCACAGAGGUCCUUCACAGAGGACCUAAGCAUAGCCGGGAGCAGCUCCUCGGCCAUCAGGGUCGAGGAACCACCAUCAAACAGCAGAACACCGCAGGCAAGAGACGGCACGGAUUACUCUAACAAUGACGGGUGGUCAGACGCGGCCGAGGCCAGCACCAGCUGCGCCGGCUCCGACGUCACAGUAGAUGCCGGGGCCGCCAGUUUGGCGGCUGCUGCUGCUUCGGACGUGUCGAGCAUCGGUUCGGGCAACGUCCCCGACAGCUUUGAGGAGCAGAUGAUGCUGGCCAUGGCGCUCUCGCUGGUCGACGCUCGCGGGGUCGGAGGCUCCCCUCCAGCGUUAGCUUGGCGGUAGUAAGAGUCGCAGCCCCCCCUCCUAUUUAUUUGUUUCGGUUGGCUGGUGUUGUUGUUCCUUAGGUUUCCUCUUGUGCGUGACAUAAAAAAGCAUAGGGUUUUAGGUGGAUUGGGUGGUAGGUAAACCAAACGAAGAUUGGCCGUUGGAUGCUGUGCAUAGGGACUGGUGGGAUAAAUCUGCAUGUUUGCAGGUAUCUAUUUGCCUCUCUCUUUUUUUUGUUUCUUCUCAAAUGUAAUAGAAAGCAGGUUGUGCCAGAUUGUGCCCUUGGAGGAAGCAGAAAUUGUGUAAAUGGAGAGAGUGUCCCAUUCCCUCUUCAUGAUGUGGGUGAUCUAAA